ACCACCCAACUCCAACCCCGGCGAGAUCACCGGGCCAUGGACGCGGACGCGGCCGACGGGCAGAGAGCGGCGGCGGCCGGCGGCGAGCCGGAGCCGCCGGGAGUGGGCGGCCGGAAGCACCUCUCCUCCGUCACCAACCACGUGCUCCGCCAAUGCUCCCUAACACUGGGCAGAGGGGUUGAUGAACUGGUUUCAGACUUUGAGCUGGGUUUGAAGACAGCUGCAGUGGAUAACUAUUCAAGAAGACUUGUUGAGUUUUGUAGCCUUCAGGCACUGCAAAUUAUUACUUCUGUCGAUAUUGGAGACAAGAUCCAUGAUGGGUCGUUCAGUCGGUUCACGUUUGAUAUGAUGCUGGCUUGGGAGACCCCCACUCCUUCAGAUCAGCAAGUUACCAUGGAGAGCAUAGCUAAAGAAAGAGAAGAUAGGAAGGAACCUCUUCAAGCAAAUGAAGCCGUGAUGGGUGAUGAGACCUCACUGUUCUAUUCAGAUAUGAUGCCUCUUCUUGUGAAUGAAGAACCGACUGUUGGAGAGGAUACAUAUGUGUGGUUUGGCUCUGUAUUCCCUUUGGCAUGUGAUGUUAUCAAUGCUCGAUUCACCUUUGAAGCCCUGACUGCGACAACAGCUAAUAGGCUUCAUUAUCCUGCUUAUGACAAAUUCCUGAAGGAAAUGGAUAAGUCUUCUGAUUUCUUGAGAAAGGUGUCAGCUCCAACAGGAACUGAUCUUGCUGAAGAUGAAUUCAUCUUGCACAUGGAGGGGACAGCAGGAACACAAAGGGUAGUGCGGCACAUUGGAACCACAAGUUGGCCAGGUAGGCUGAUUCUGACAAACAAGGCAUUGUACUUUGAGGCUUCCGGGAAAAUUUCAUACGAACCUGCUUUGAAAGUUGAACUUUCAGGCAGUGAAAUGGAGAAACAUGUUAAAACUACUUCAACUGGUCCUUUUGGUGCACCAUUGUUUGAUAAAGGCAUCGAAUUUGAACUACCAGAACCUUUGGUGCUGGAGUUUCCUGAGAUGACCAGCUCAAUAAGGCGCGAUAUGUGGCUUACCCUAAUAAGGGAAGUAAUCUUCCUUCACCGUUUCAUAUCAAUGUACAACAUAGACUCCCCUAUUCACAAAUGGGAGUUACAUUCAAGAAUCAUAUUGGGGGUGAUAAGGCUUCACGCUGCGAGAGAGAUGCUGCGGAUGUCGCCACCACCUCCUUCUAGCUUCCUAGUAUUCUCUCUAUAUGAGGAGCUACCUAAAGGUGAUUUUGUGCUUGAACAACUAGCGAAUAAUCUGAAGGAGACGUCAACCAUAACUCCACUCAGUGCCUCCCAUGUGUUCAAGGGUUUAAGCAAGUCAAAUCGAGCAGCUUUAAUUGCAGAGAUAGCAAUAGAGCAUGACAAGGACUCGAGUAGCCACGAGGAACCCUUGGCAUCCCUCGAGAACACUAUCGGUCAAGUAAGAGAUGAGGCUAGGGAAGUCACCGUCGCUAACGCUGCUAUCGAAGGAAUGAAGGAGGAAGGUAUCACUGAUAGCCUUCUUGUAUUGGUGGGGUUAGUAAGCCCCAUCAGCAAAUUGCUUCCAGUGAUCCAAAAGAUAACCUCAUGGGAAAGACCACUUGUGACCAUCGGUGUCCUUGCCAUGAUUGUGUUAACCAUAUACAAAGAGUGGGUCGGCUUUGUGUUAGCGGCAUCCCUGAUACUGGCAGCAGGCUUAAUGAUCUGGGCUAGAAAAAGAAAAAUCGGUGCACUAUGCUCAGAGGUGAUCAUUGAUACUUCCUCCGACAAGACAACGAUGCAAAGCUUAGUGGAAGCACAACAGAGCCUGAGAAAGGUGCACGACUACAUCAAGACAACCAAUGUUGUGAUCCUCAGGCUAUCGUCGAUCGUGCUAGCGAGGUCACCAAAGCACACCGAGACGGUGGUAUGGAUGCUGACGGCGCUGGCGGUGGCGCUGGCCGUGAUCCCGUUCAAAUUCGUCCUGAUUGCGCUGGUGGCCGGCGGCUUCAUCUCGAACACGAGGAUGGCGAGGGCCAUGUCGAACCCGCAGGGCAGCCGGCGGUGGAGGGAGUGGUGGGAGAGCAUACCUGCCGUUCCAGUUCGUGCGGUCGACGGGAGUGAUCUGUGAAAGUGCUCGAGGAAAUGACGGUAAGAAGAUCCCAACCUGGGUAUUGUGCAGCUAUAAGCUUCAGUUUCAUGUAUGUUUUUUUGUUCAGAAACGUGUGUUCCAUACUGCCAUCCUUUUUCGUUAUAAACACCUGAAAAAUGGGAGAGCACGAUACAUGGAAUGGAACACUUUGUUGGAUGUUGUUUGUUUAAGAGAGAAUUCUGCCAAUGUGAGUUGAUAAAUAAAGGAGUCGUAUAGUGUGGUGGUGUAGAGUGUUUGGCAGUGCCCUGUGGAUCUGGAAGAACAUAUUGGCAGUGGAAAUUACUACUAUAAUUCAGAGAUAUUUAUUUCUCUUGGAUC